AUGUUCCAUCCGCUUUUUCAGAAGCACCACCCAUCCCCGCUUCGCCUUACCCCCCUUUCCCUGCCGCCCCUUCGCCCGUCACCCCCUUCCCGCUUCCCCCUUCCCCAAGGUAGCAUUCUGAACAAGCUUACACCUGAGAUGCACGACCCGCCUUUCCAACAGCUACUGACCGCGUUUUACAUUCUGAACAAGCUCACACCUGAGAUGUUCGAACCACUCUUCCAGCAACUCCUGACAGCUGGCAUCAACAGACCUGAGAUCCUCCAGGAGGUGAUCUCUCUCAUUUUCACCAAGGCAGUAGACGAACCCACCUUCUGCCCGAUGUAUGCUGCCCUCUGCGAAAAACUUUCGCGAGCGCUGCCCGAGUUUCCGCCGUCCAAUGGGGCAGGGGGAGAGGAAGGGGAGCCGAUUUCAUUUCGCCGUGUUCUGCUGGGCACGUGUCAGGAGGAGUUUGAACGCGCUGCUAAGCAGAGACUGCAGGCUGGCGAGUUGCUGGAGUCAUUGCAGGAGGGAAGCACGGAAGGGUGCGAGGGAGGAGAGGAGGGAGGAGAAGAGGAGGGAGAAGACGAUGGGGAAGAAGGGGAGGGGAAAGGAGGCGAGGGGGGAGACGGGGAGGGGGAAGAAGGGGAGGGGGGAGAAGGGGAAGGAGUAGAGGAGGGGAGAGAAGUGGAGGGAGAAGGGGAAUGA